CUCGACCUUCAUUCAUCCGCUCGACAAUCGACAUGGCAUGGCAUCCGCUCGAAUGUUCAAUGCGUUUGUUUCUUACGCGAAGCGUACAAAAAAUGACGGGUAUUCAUUAAAUAUUAUCCGUAUGAUGGCUAAUAAACAAUUGUCUGAAGAAGUCAACGACAAACGUCCGCAAUUUGGAAAUCGAUUUCUUACAGAUCCGAACAAGGUUUUUCAACAUAACGCGUGGGAUAAUGUUGACUGGGAUGAAAAGCAAAUCAAAUUAGCUGAAGAGAAAGUGAAGCAAAAUUCAAAUGAGUAUGUAGCGGAGGAUAAGCAAGAAAUCUACGAACGAGAAGCAGGAAAGUUCUGGGACAAGUUCUACUCACAACAUCAAAAUCGGUUCUUCAAGGAUCGCCAUUGGUUGUUUACAGAAUUUCCUGAAUUGGCACCAAAAGAGGAUGAAACAACUAGAGUAAAACAACCCAUAGAUGAACCACCAGCGCCCAUAAAUGAAGAAAAUGAACCAGCAACAAAAAGCCAACUUGGUGAUGUACAAACAACGUGUGAACCAAAAAGUGAUAGAGAUUCAAGGCAUGUAAAAGGGACUAGGAUGCUUGAAGUUGGCUGUGGUGUUGGAAACACUGUGUUUCCAAUCCUUCAAACGAAUAAUGAUGAUGGGCUGUUUCUCUAUUGUUGUGACUUUUCUGAAAUAGCUGUUGAUUUUGUAAAGGCGCAUGCAGAUUACAACACUGAUAGGUGCCAUGCAUUUGUUUGUGAUAUCACUGAUGUUGACACCCCACUACCUUUUCCUGAGAACAAUCUUGACAUCAUCAUUAUGAUUUUUGUCCUGUCAGCUAUCAAACCAGAAAGAAUGCAGGCUACCAUCAAUAGAUUGGCAAGACAUUUGAAGCCUGGUGGACGGAUAUUGUUAAGAGAUUAUGGCAGAUAUGAUAUGGCUCAACUACGUUUUAAAAAAGGACGAUGUCUGUCUGAGAACUUCUAUGUACGUGGCGAUGGAACCAGAGUUUAUUUUUUUACUCAAGAUAACCUGCGAGAACUUUUUACUAAAGCUGGUCUAGUUGAAGAGCAAAAUCUCACUGACAAGAGAUUGCAAGUCAAUAGAGGGCGUCAACUAACAAUGUAUCGAGUAUGGCUACAAUGCAAAUACAGAAAACCAGUUAUUGCUGAAACCUGAUACUGCAGGAUCUCAAAAGAAUCAAAAUUCAUAUAAUGCAAAUGGAUGCCAGAGGUGCCGUAUUAAUAUUGUGAUUGACACUGCACCAUUGGAAGGUUUCUGGAAGUAACGCUACAGGAAUCAAACAUUGGUAGCAUCUAGGGUGCAAAAACAUUUGUAGGAUUCUGAGUGCAGAACCAUUUGUAGGAUCCUGGAUGCAGAACCAUCUGUAGCAUUCUAGGUAUGGAACCAUUGGUAGGAUCCUGAGUGAAAGACUAUUGGUAGUAUUCUGGAUGCAAUCUUAUUGGUAGUACUCUGCAUGCAAACCUACCCUAAUGGUAGGAUCACGGAUGCAACACCAGUGGUUGAAUUAUGGUUUUAGGUAGCAUCAUUGGUGGAGUCUGGAUGCAACCCAUGUGUGGUGUCCUGGAUAUAACACAUUUACUGUAGUAGCAUUGUGAAUGUAACCAUAGUGUUGAUAUCCUGGGAUGCAAUACCACUGGUAGUAUUUUAGAUGUAACCCCCAGUGGUGGAUUCAAAGGGGGCCCAUUUAGCCUGCCCCUCCUCCCCCUCUAAAUUUUUCAAAGUUAAAAAAAAAAAAAAUGGAGAAAAAAAGAAGAAAAUUUGACUCAAAUUUAGAGUCUGAGAGUGCCAUUUCUGUCCAUCUAGAGGUGCAAUAAUCAUAAAUUUUCUUACAUCAACCACAGCCAUGGUAGGGCUGAGGUAGUCUAGACCCUCUGUCAUUGAUUCCACAAUCAACUGUUUAGAGUUAGUAGAGCGCCACAAUUAGACUGAAAACAAUAGAUAAUACCACAAAAAACAUAUAAUUAUCGCUAUGGUAAACUUUAUUCAGUCUGAUUCUCUCUGAGUAAGUCUGUCGCAUUCAGAAUGCCACUAAAAAUCAUGUGAGAACAUACAAAAUAUUUUGCCAUCUACAAUACCUUGAGAAAUCUCUUACAGUACAACCCCCCUUUAAAAUUGAAUGGGAAUUUUACACUAAACUUUAGCUAUAGAGGAUCAGUAUACAAUACAGAUUUUUACAACUUGUCGCUUAAGUAUACUGUAUUAUUGUUGACUAUAACAGCUACGUUUCGUACGUGGCUAUCUUUAUUCCUGUACACCUCUAGGUGUUGUCUCUUCUAUUAAAAGUACAAGGUUAUGUAUCAUGAUGUUUUCCUUUGGCGUAGUCCAUUUAUUUCUCUUCUGCAGCAAUGGAAGAUAUUACUUUCACAAACGAGUCCAAAAUAAAGAAUCAAAGUAUUAAAGCAACCAUCACUUCUUGCUGUAAGAUGUUGAAUUAUCGACACAAUUCCCUACAGGAGCAUCGGGACCAGUUUAAAAAACAUCUUGAAGUCUCUCCAUGGGGCCCCCUCUAUUUCAAAUUCCUGGACCCACCACUGACCCUAAUUGUAGAAUCUAGGAUCCAAUGCCAGAUAAGAUCCUAAAUGCAAAAACCAAGUGGUAGCAUUCUAGAUGCAACACCUGUAGUAAAAUCCUGGAUGCAACACCAUUUAAUUUGUAAGAUUCAGGAUGCAGCACCUUUGUUAGCAUUUUGGAUGUAAUAAAAAAAACAAAACAGAAACAUAAAAAUAGGCAGAAGAAUGAUGCAUUAAUUAAAGAAUAAACUGAAUGUAUGUAGUCACCGUGCAGUGAUUAUAGAAUGCUAAAAAUUAAAAUGUUUAUGAACAUAUCGGUGAUAGCAUACAAAACAUAGUGUGAUGUACUGUUUUGCAAUGGUAUUCAAUGAAUAUUCGAAAUACAAAUGAAAUAAAAGAUUAUUAGUUUGAAUAUAAA